CCAAGAUGGCGCCCUCCGUGUUGGCUGUUUGUGGUCGUACGUUCCCGAAAAUAUUAAACCAUGGCCACCGUAACCUGGCAGCUUCGAUGUCAAAACGGGCAGUAUCACAAGUGCCGCUGGGUUUUGUUGGCCUUGGCAACAUGGGGAAGAACAUGGCACGCAACCUUCUCUCUAAGGGGCACCGGCUAGUUGUGUAUGACGUCUACCCAGAAGCCAUGGAAGCUAUGGCUAGUCAGGGAGCCAUCACUGCUCAGAGUCCGGCUGAACUGGGUGAACAGUGUGACCGCAUCAUCACUAUGCUUCCCUCAAGUCCCCAUGUGAGAGAAGUGUACUCUGGCAAGAAGGGAAUCCUGUCGACAGUGAAAACUGGUUCUCUCCUAAUAGACAGUAGCACCAUUGAUCCCUCAGUCUCCCAGGAGAUGGCGAAAUUGGCUGAAGCAAAAGGAGCCUUGUUUAUCGAUGCUCCGGUAUCUGGAGGAGUAGCUGCAGCGGAGGCAGGAACGCUGACAUUUAUGGUUGGAGGCAACGAGUCCGAAGUCAGCGCUGUGCAAGAGAUUCUGCUCUGCAUGGGCAAGAAUGUCAUCUACUGUGGCGGAAUCGGCUGUGGCGAGGCUGCGAAAAUCUGCAACAACAUGAUGCUGGCCAUAUCGAUGAUUGGGACGUCCGAAACGAUGCUCCUUGGAAAGAAGCUCGGGUUGGACCCCAAAGUCCUCAAUCAGAUUCUCAACGUAAGCUCUGGGAAAACGUGGCCUAGCGAAGUCUACAGCCCAGUCCCAGGAUUGAUGCCCAAUGCUCCUUCCAGCAACAAUUACGAGGGUGGAUUUGGAUCUGCGCUGAUGACAAAGGACCUUGGUUUGGCACAAAAUGCUGCAACACAGACCGGUUCCCCAACUCCACUUGGAUCACUGGCUCAUCAGAUCUUCAGACUAGCCCUUAGUCACGGCCUUGGAAAGAAAGACUUUUCAGUGAUCUACCAGCUUUUAGAAGGAAAAGUGAUUAAGUAAAAGUGCAAACUGCUCACACAGA